AUGGGCGGCCAUGCCUUCAAAGGACUGUAUUGUCCCCGCAUCUCCCCAUCGGUCUACGAGAGGGUCAAAGCAGAGACGAAAGCCGCGCUGCAGACUGUCUUCGCGCAAGUCGUGGUACCGACUGAGAUGCCCGGCAAGGAUGACUACGGCGACGUCGACUUCCUAGUCUGCUCCCCUCUCCACUCCGAAGGCACCACCACACUCGACACAUUCCCCUGGCAAAGCACCGUCUCCCUUAUCAAAGACGUCCUCGAUACCAUACAUGGGCGCCAAGGCUUUCUCACCAGAGACUGCAUGUACUUCGCCAUCGACUCGCCCCACGGCGAAGAGAACUACUUCAUCCAGAUUGACGUCAAGGUCUGCUUCAAGCCGGAGUUGUUCCACUGGUCACUUCGAGCUCAACUACGCAAGCAACAGCAAGAUGACCGGCAGUAUGGUUAA